CGAAAGUAUAAAGUUUAUUCUGUUUCUCUGUUGUCGCAUCACAGACAUCAAAGUGACCCGUGCCUUUUCAACACUUUCAUCAAAAUGAGGGAAUGCAUAUCAGUUCACAUCGGCCAAGCCGGAGUCCAAAUUGGAAAUGCCUGCUGGGAGUUGUAUUGUUUGGAGCAUGGAAUUCAACCCGACGGCCAAUUGCCAUCAGAUAAAACCGUUGGUGGUGGAGACGACUCCUAUAACACCUUUUUCUCGGAAACUGGAGCUGGGAAGCACGUGCCCAGGGCAGUUUUCGUCGACUUGGAACCUACAGUCGUAGACGAAGUCCGAACGGGCACAUACCGCCAGCUCUUCCAUCCAGAACAGUUGAUCACCGGAAAGGAGGAUGCAGCCAACAAUUACGCCCGUGGUCAUUACACCAUCGGCAAAGAGAUUGUUGACGUUGUUUUGGACCGCAUCCGCAAGCUAGCCGAUCAGUGCACCGGUCUGCAGGGAUUUUUAGUCUUUCAUUCGUUUGGUGGCGGUACUGGUUCGGGUUUUACCAGUUUGUUAAUGGAGAGACUCAGCGUGGACUAUGGAAAGAAAUCUAAACUGGAAUUUUCCAUUUAUCCAGCCCCACAGGUCUCUACAGCUGUUGUAGAACCUUACAAUUCCAUUUUAACUACCCAUACCACCUUGGAACACUCUGAUUGUGCAUUUAUGGUAGAUAAUGAAGCCAUCUAUGAUAUCUGUCGUAGAAACCUGGACAUUGAACGACCAAGCUACACCAACCUUAACAGACUUAUUGGACAGAUUGUCUCGUCAAUAACUGCGUCUCUUCGCUUUGAUGGAGCUUUGAACGUCGACCUGACCGAAUUCCAGACCAACUUGGUGCCUUACCCAAGGAUUCAUUUCCCAUUGGCCACUUACGCGCCCGUCAUUUCGGCGGAGAAGGCCUACCACGAACAGCUGACAGUCUCGGAAAUAACGAACGCUUGCUUCGAGCCGGCCAAUCAGAUGGUCAAGUGCGAUCCUCGGCAUGGGAAGUACAUGGCUUGCUGUAUGUUGUACAGAGGAGACGUGGUUCCAAAAGACGUGAACGCCGCCAUCGCCUGCAUCAAAACCAAACGCUCCAUCCAGUUCGUGGACUGGUGCCCCACAGGCUUCAAAGUGGGCAUCAACUACCAACCGCCCACCGUGGUCCCGGGCGGCGACCUGGCCAAGGUGCAACGCGCCGUCUGCAUGCUGUCCAACACCACGGCCAUAGCGGAGGCCUGGGCCCGCUUGGACCACAAGUUCGACCUGAUGUACGCCAAGAGGGCCUUCGUUCAUUGGUACGUCGGCGAGGGUAUGGAGGAGGGGGAGUUCUCCGAGGCCAGGGAGGAUUUGGCUGCUCUCGAGAAGGAUUACGAAGAGGUGGCUGUGGAUUCUAUCGAAGGGGACGCCGAUGAAGGGGACGAGUACUAGAUUUCGAUCGAUUUUUUUUACACCAGAACUGCUUUCAUCUACAAUUCCGUUUUUAUACUACUAAUUUAUUAAUAUUUAUUUACGUUUAAUUGUACGCUUCCUUAUGUAAUAAUUAUACCUUGUAUGUGCACUGAUUUUAUAAAUUUUUCCAAGUAGG